AUAAAAAAUCACUGGCUUUGGUCUCCGCCAUUGCUCUUCUCGAGCUAUUCCAGUAGAGAAAGGGAUUCCAUUGCAGUAGGAGAAGAGGAGGAGAGGGAGAGGGAGAUGGGGAUGGACUACUAUAAGAUAUUGCAGGUGGAUCGGAGCUCGAAGGAGGAAGAGAUCAAGAAGGCGUACCGCAAGCUCGCCAUGCAAUGGCACCCGGACAAGAACCCUAGCAACAAGAAGGACGCUGAGGCCAAGUUCAAGAAGAUCUCUGAGGCAUACGAGGUUUUGACUGAUCCGAAGAAACGGGAAAUCUAUGAUCAGUAUGGAGAGGAAGGACUCAAGGGCCAGGUCCCGCCGCCGGCCGGUGGGUCGUCAGCGUAUCCUGGGACGUCGGAGUUUAAGUUCAACCCUAGGAGCGCUUUUGAGAUUUUCUCGGAGUUCUUUGGGUCUGCCAGCCCGUUUGGUGGUGGCGCUGGGGAUUCGGGUGGAGUUCGGAGGUUUCCUAAUGGGUUAUCGGAUGAUAUCUUUUCGGCGUUUCGUGGUGGAAUGGGCGGUGGGGAGGCUUCGGGCAGUGGGGGGAUGAGGAAAGGGGCCCAAAUUGAGCGUACGCUGGCUUGUAGCUUGGAGGAUUUGUACAAGGGGACGACAAAGAAGAUGAAGAUUUCGAGGGAUGUCAUUGAUUCAAGUGGGAGGCCAUCAACCAUAGAGGAGAUCUUGACAAUUGAUAUCAAACCAGGGUGGAAGAAAGGGACAAAGAUAACAUUUCCUGAGAAGGGAAAUGCGCUACAGAACUUAAUACCAUCCGAUUUGGUCUUCAUAAUCGAUGAAAGGCCACAUGGUGUUUUUAAAAGGGAUAAGAAUGACUUGAUUGUCACUCAGAAGAUCUCUCUCCUCGAAGCCUUAACAGGUUACACAGUGCAGUUGACAGCAUUGGAUGGCCGGAAUUUGACAAUCCCAAUCAAAACUGUCAUCAGCCCCACAUACGAAGAAGUUGUUCAAGGUGAAGGGAUGCCAAUUACAAAGGAACCAUUGAAGAAAGGCAAUCUGAGAAUCAAGUUUCAAAUUAAAUAUCCCAACAGGCUUACUUCUGAUCAGAAGGCAGCCAUCAAGCAGGUACUGUCUUGAUCUUAAAGACCCUUAAAUCUGUCGGGUUUCACUGCCGUCUGACCGUGCACCAUUUUCGCCUGAUGUUAUUUUCAAACUUGUGUAUAACAUGAAUCACUGUCCCUACUGUCUCGAUGAUAUAAUGUGCUAAUGCUCAAGUUGUAAAUAUAUACUGUUGAUAACUGAAUCAAUUUUGCAAAUUGAUGAAAUCCAAAGGCCAAAUGGACAACACUGUUGGAAAUUGCA